CCACUAUCACAUCCCCCUCUCCUCUCCAACAUAUUCCCAUCAAGGUACGCGGCAUGAGCCAAGGAUCAGCCACAAUUUACAUCACACCCCCCGUAAGAUUCUCUAUCUUGCUCUCUCUCUCUCUCUCGAUUAACAGUGGGAAGAACAGCCGCGGCAGACAAUCCCUGCAAAUGACUCUUCGCAAAUGCUCACUCAGUCACUGCCCCCGCUCCCACUCGAGAAAAGUCGACAGUCCAACUGAUCUUCAAAUCCCCAGAAAUGCGAACCAGCAACGCGGGUGAUUCUAAUUAUGCUAUUGGUAGGCUGACCCCAGAUUAUCCGCGCAAUACGGGCAGUGAUUGGUCCCUCUGAUUUCCCCAGAGUCUGGAAUCACCUACUGGGUAUGAUCAUUUGACCCAAAGUGCUCCAUCCACGG